AUGGUGACGGUGCUGCAGACCCACGGCGAACGCUCGCCACCCGCGAAGAAGCCGCCGCGCGACGCUGCCUCGCUCCGCCUCCCUCCCGAACUCGUCUCGACCAUCCUCACCCUCACAGACGACUGGGAGCUCUGCCGCACGCUUGCAGUGCGCCCGACACCCGUCUCACGCCUACCCACACCCGCGCCAUGGCAAGAAUUCGCCACCCCGCUCGACCGCGCCAUCCUCCGCUCGUCCGCCUCCCUCACGCCCGUCAAGUACGCCCUCGCGCAGGGACACACCAAGUUCACGCAGUGGGGCGCACGCGUCAUGAUCCGGUUCAGCCUCGUCCACGUCCUCGACUUUCUCUUCCAAGCCGACGAGCGACAGUUCCGCGAAGAGUGCACCGACUUGUUGCCCGUCGUUGCGAGCGCGUGGGGCAGGCUUGCGGUCCUCGAGUGGGCCAAAGACAGCGCAUUCGGACUGCGACCCAGCCCGCAGACAACCGCCGACGCCAUCGACGAGGCGAGCCGGCACGGCCAGGUCGAGAUGCUUGACUUUUGGCUCAACUCGGGUCUUCCACUCCACUACUCCGACGCCGCCCUCCUCUCCGCGACUUUCAAGCGCCAGGUCCGCACGCUCGAGUGGUGGAAGAACAGUGGGCUGCCGUUGAAGAUUGGGAAUGUGCUCGACUUUGCGUCGAUGGAGGGCUCGACCGUUUGCCUCGACUGGUGGGCCAACUCGGGUCUCCCCUGCCGCUACUCCAAAGCGGCCCUCUACACGCUCUCCAAAACCGGCAACAUCCCCCUCCUAACCUGGUGGCUCCGCUCGCGCUUCCCCCUCUCGUUCGACAAAGAAGUCCUCACCAUCGCCACCCGGUUCGGACAAACUCGCGUCUUGCAGUGGUGGUUGGAGUCGGGCGUCGAGAUCGAGUAUAGGUUCUUUGAUAUCGAGGAGGCGAUUGAGGAUUGUGUUGGCGAUAGGGAGGCCGUCACGAGGUGGUGGGAAGAACGAGGGUACAACGCCAGGAUGGGCGCGAAUCAGUGGAUGCGCAUGCGCAAGCUCGAGUAG